AUGGUUAGUCAAGUCGAAGACCUCUUUAAUGGAUCUGAGUGUCAGCCGGAUACAGAGCCGUGUUAUACCCACGUUGAUGAAUUAAGCCAGGGUCUCCAAUGGUUCAAGAUCAUAUUUCUUGUUCUGUUUCUGAUAGUGUUCGUGUGUGGAGUUGUUGGCAACUCUUUGGUGUGUCUGGUAAUAUGGAAAAACAAGCAUAUGAGGACCGUUACCAAUGUGUUUAUAGUGAAUUUAGCCAUUGCCGAUUUGCUGGUACUGUUUGUGGUUGUUCUACCUACCAUGACUCAGGACAUAUUUGAGACUUGGUUCUUCGGAGAAGCAAUAUGCAAAAUAAUCUUCUUUUUCCAGAGAGUUUCGGUUAUAGUAUCAAUCCUGACCCUCACCGUUAUAUCUGUGGAGAGAUAUUAUGCCAUCUGUCACCCAUUCAGCGUCAACACGACACCAACCAGGGUGGUUCUCAUUAUAGUUGCGAUCUGGGCCUUGGCCAUUGGCUUCGCCUCUCCGGAGCUGGUCUUCUUGGGAAUUUCCAGUUCCAUCUGUGGUCACGAAGAUCAUGGUUAUAUGCACCUCUAUUUUCACAUUUUCGUGAUUGCCUUUUACGUCCUGCCGUUUCUAAUAUUGACGGCAGCUUAUAUAAAGAUAGCCAUGUCUUUAUGGGUUUCGCACGUUGAUGAGUUCUCAGCCACGGGUAGUCGUUCCAGAUCUGGCUCUCAAGGAGCUGUCUCACAGCUAAUCCAGAGACGACGAGCCGCCAAGAUGCUCAUAGCUGUGGUCGUCUGUUUUUUUCUAUGCUACUUUAUGCAUAACAUAAUAGUUAUGCUUAUGCCAGAGGCCAAUGUUGGGGGCAAUGAAAUGUUGAUCAGCUUCGAAUCUCUGAAUCGUUAA